GAUGGCCUCACCGGGACACAACAGCACGCUGGGCGGGCUGCCGUCCUGCACGUACAGCGAGGACUUCAAGAGGCUGCUGCUGCCGGCCGUGUACGGCGUGGUGUUGGUGCUGGGGCUGCCGCUCAACGGCGCCGUCAUCCUGCGAGUCUGCCGGUCCGGCCGCACCCUGACCCGCAGCACCAUCUACAUGCUCAACCUGGCGGCCGCCGACUUCCUGUACGUCUGCUCACUGCCGCUGCUCAUCUACAACUACGCCAGCCAUGACUACUGGCCCUUUGGGGAGGCUCUCUGCAAGUUGGUGCGCUUCCAGUUUUAUAGUAACCUGCACGGCAGUAUCAUGUUCCUCACCUGUAUCAGCUUCCUGCGCUACCUUGGCAUAUGCCACCCGCUAGCCACCUGGCACCGGGCCGGGGGGCGGCGGUGUGCCUGGGCGGUGUGCGGUGCCGUGUGGGUCGUGGUGCUGACCCUGUGCGCCCCCACCCUAACCUUCGCCACCACGGGGGAGCAGAGGAACCGGACAGUGUGCUAUGAUCUGAGCGAGCCGCGCCGCUCCGCCGAGUACUUCCCCUACGGCAUGGCGCUGACCUGCCUGGGCUUCGGCCUGCCCUUCCUGGCCAUCGUGGUCUGCUACUGCCUGAUGGCACGUGUCCUGUGCCGGGGAAGAUCGGCGGCCACUGUGGCCUCGCAGGAGCGCAAGGAAAAGGCUGUGCGCAUGAUCGCCGUGGUGGUGCUGGUCUUCGCCGUCAGCUUCCUGCCCUUCCACCUGACCAAGACGGCGUACCUGCUGGUGCGUGCCCUCAAGGGGGCGCCGUGCCACGUGCGGAACUUCUACUCGGUGGUGUACAAGAGCACGCGGCCCUUUGCCAGCAUGAACAGCGUCCUGGACCCAAUCCUCUUCUACUUCACGCAGCCUCGCUUCCGGAAGAGCACGCGGACGCUGCUGCACAAGAUCACCACCAUGAGGGACGUGACACCCCAAGUGUAGGGCCUGGGGGGGGGCGUGGCCCUGCAAGAUGUAGCUGAUACUUAAAAUAGCCACCUUGCGCACAUGUGGGCAAUGGGAGGCCAAAGUUAAGUCAGUAUCCAUCCAUCCAUCAUUUUUCUGCAACUGCUUGUCCUGUUCAGGGUGACGGGGGGGGGGGGGGGGGGGAGAGAGAGAGAUGUCCAGAGCCUGUCCCACAGGUGCUACAGGUGCAAGGCAGGGAACAACCCAGGAUGGGGUACCAACCCAUUGCAGGGCAAAUUCACACAACCAUUCACUCACACAUGCACACCUAUGGGCAAUUUAGCAAGUCCAAUUAGCCUCAGCAUGUUUUUGGACUGUGGGGGGAAACCGGAGUACCCGGAGGAAACCCCACGACGACAUGGGGAGAACAUUCAAACUCCACACACAUGUAACCCAGGCGGAGACUCGAACCCGGGUCUCAGAGGUGUGAGGCAACAGUGCUAACCACUGCACCACCAUGCCGCCCCAUACAGUGCUAACCACUGCACCACCAUGCCGCCCCAUACAGUGCUAACCACUGCACCACCAUGCCGCCCCAUACAGUGCUAACCACUGCACCACCAUUCUGCCCCCGAGUCAGUAUCCAUUACUGUGAAGUGUAUAUUAUAAACAUUCCUUUUCCUUCAUGGCUAUACAAGUGUACAUCCCAAUGAUUGCCGUAAAAAGCACCGUCCACCUACGGCGCCCUCUUCUGGAGGGGGUGCCAACUUAGUCAAGGCAAGUUUAUUUAAAUGGCACAUUUUCAAACACUGAGUUCAUUCGAAAGACUGUACAUAAAAAGAUCGAGUGAUAGGAAUCAUUAAAUGGAAAUGAAAAUUUACAGGUAAAAGAAAAUUGAAAUAAGAGUAAAACAAAAUGUAUCAAUAUUGGUUAGCAACGCUAAUUAAAGGCACUGAGGAAUAAAAAUUUAAUUUAAUCCUGAUUUUAAAGGUGGCAGCAUUUGCCGGAUUUCUAAUGUCAGGGAUUCACUUCUGCAAGCUAAUUUCACUUAGUUUCAGACAGGGGGCGCCGGUGGUGAUCCUCGCUUAAGAUGACACCUCUUUCAUCGACACUGAGUGCUGUUCACAUAGCAUUUAAUUGGCUACAUUGUCUAGCCUGGCUAUUUGUUAGGUGAAAUCCCUAGUAAAUGGCCAUUGAGUUUACCGGGGUUGAUUUGUGACCAGAAGGUGGGCAGAUGAAAUGGGGAGGGGGGGGGGUAACGGGUUAGGGUUAGGAGGCUGGAUGAUACAGCAGGACACUGUAUCACAGUGGUCUCAGAGGCCGGCUGUGGGUGUCAGGGGGGAACUGCAUGUGUGAGAAAGGACAGAUAUAAAUGUGAGGUCAUGCAUGUUGAUGUUUACAUACGGCCAUGUUCUCAUGUUCAUCUCCACGCUGAUGGACUUUGUAUGUUAUGUAUAUAAUGCAGCAUGUCAUCUAUGAAGUUAUACUCCAAAAACUGAUUGUCCACAGUGAGUGUGGAGCAUAUCCUAGGAGACAGAGGGCACCUGGAUGGGUAGCUAGUCCCUCAUAGGACUGUUACGGAUACCAAUCUACCAAAACAUGCAUCUGUUUUGGAGGAAGCAUGGACAUCCAGAUGAAUCCCAUGCACCUUCCACACACAGAGGCGGGGCUGGGGGAUCAAACCUCCAGCACUGGAGGCGCGAGUUAACUCACAGACCAACCGAGCAGCGAAAUCAUCAUCACCAUCAUCGUCAUCGUGCCGCGUUCGGACUGAGAGUGUAGGUCUUGGUGGUCACCAGAAGAUGGCGUGAUCAGCCUGAUAAUUAUCCUGAAAUGCCCGUUUUGACGAUGAGGACUGCGGACUGUGCUCAUUAUCCGUGUGGGUCCUGCCAGAGAAGGGCUUCGUGUACGCUGGUUAAAAGUACCGACUGCAGCUGUCUAUUAAGAGCUGCGACUGACGCUUGUUUGGACAUCCGGUGCUGCGCCGAAAAUCAUUGGCGAUGCAGACAGUGUUUAUCACCGUAAUCGAGUGAUCCUGCCUGAUGGUUUUUCGUGAACAUAAUCCAAGAUAGUUCAUUAAUAUAAACGUAUGUGACGUUAAUUCAGUCCAGUUUAAAAAUGUUACACUGUGUACUGUUUUGCAUUCUGCGUGUACCAUUCAACGUAGCUUAACAUAAAACUAAACAGAUGCAGUUCAAAGUGGCAACUUCGGCUUAUUUGGCAGUUUUUGUUAAAUGUCUGUUGAGUUUCGUUGAUUGUUUGUAGAUGUAUUUAAAGGUAAUGAUACUUUAAAGUUAAAUUAACUGUUGCCAGCACUGAUUUUUCGUGUUUUAAGUUCGUUUGAAUGAAUUCGUCUUAAUGUCUAUCAGGCUCACAAAUGUUUGUUUUAUUGUGAAUCAUGUUUCCAAUUGUCUCGCUGCUGAAUUUCGUUAGUCUGAAUGUACCCAUGCAAUCUGUGUGCCAUUUGUGUGACAAUAAAGGUAUUUCAGC